UUGGAAUUUCUUAAAAAUAAGUUACUACUUAGAAAUUGCAUAAUGUCAGUUACUGAUGCGGCUGAUGAAUUAAAACUUGUAAUUUCCAUUUUUCAAAAAUUAAUGCAAGUAGCGAAUGGUCAACUGAGAGAUGAUCAAAUUACACCGUUAAUAAAGCGUCUUCAGUUUGUAUUAGAAAAACUUCAAAAUAGUAUGGUAUCAGAAAGUCAAAAGCAUAAUCUACAUUUUACUGACCAAAAAACGGAUAUACCAAGUCGACCCAAUACUUUGCCCAACACGUGUUCCUUAAGAAAUACUGAAGAUACACAUAAGCCCAAAAAUUUUAUUUUAAGCAAACCCUCUAGUUUGCGUGUAAAAUAUAUACCACAGGAACCAUCUGUGACAGGUGAUUUUGCUAUUUCGAAGGAUGUUUCUAAAUCAUUUGCAUGUAGUUUGUAUAAUAUACUUGAGGGCACAGCGAAGCUUCUACAGGCAUCAUCAGCAAGUAUUUUUAUGAGAAAAGGCGAUGAAAUGUUUUCGAUAUGCAAUGUAAGUCGAAAUCUUGUAUUCCCACCAAUUUUCAAUAGUCAUCGUUGCAGUGGAUCAUUAGACGCAGAAGUGCUGGCCAGCUGUAUUGCAUUAAAUCGAUACUCAUCGGAAGCUUCUCAAAACCAGACUUCCAUGUUAUUGUUUCCCAUCCGUUUUCAUCGAGAAGAACUCGUGAAUAAUAACAAAGCAAUAGCAACUCUACAUAUUGAAGGCAAGUGUUUAGGUUAUCAGCCGUUUGGAACUCAUGACGAGAGUAUUGCUUAUUUUUCAUCUAUCCUAAUUGGCGAACUUAUUUCGCGAAUACCACAAAUUGACUGGUUCAAUACCUUUUAUGAACCUAUUGCUCAGCACAUCGUUGCGCCGUUUGUUCCAGCAAAACAGGUACUUCCAAUUCUGCGGAAACCUCCAAAAGAAGCACCACCAGGCCAAUCUUCCUCAUUUGGUUCCCCUGUUGACGCCGCCAGUAAUGCUGUAUUUCACGAAGUCCAGGAAUUUGUUCCGCAAAUACUAAUAAAGCGAGAUGUAAUUCCCCAGAAAACAUUAAUGCCAAUAACUAGCGGGCUUUCUCUCUCACCGUCCUUGAGGGAAGUGAGGACUUUUGUUGAUAACAUUCAUAAUUGUUGGAGGAAGGGUGUUGAUUGCAACAUCAACUAUUUAGAAAAGGAACAUGAGGUUCAAAUGGAAUUAAAAGAAUUGCGAGCAAAUCUCGUCAACACAAGAAAGGAAUUGGAGACUACAAAGGACAGAUUAAGGUUAUAUGAAUUAGAUGGCUACGAUUACAAGCGAGAGUAUAAAGAUUUAUGUGUGGAGCUUGAGUCUUUUAUUCGCCAACGUAAUACCUGAAUAUUUUUAUUACGUUCAAAUUAAUGUAUUAGUAGCUAUAUUUUCAUAAUCUGUAUAUAGUUGUAAUUUUUUUAUUUAUUGCGACGUUAUUACUGUUUCAUCAUUUUUAUAUGUUACCAAUUUUAUGUUCAGAACAUCUACAGGAAUUGGCGAAUAAAAUGAUAAAAAUAAA